CAUGCCCCCGGGAACAUGGCGCCAGCGUGGACCAAUCAGGCUGCUGAGGGCGGGUCCUCUGCGGGAAAGUGGGCACGGCCUAGGGGGGAAAUCACCAAGAACGCACUGGAGGUCCUGGCUCAGGAAAACGCCCUCUGCAUCGAAGGAGAGACCACGCGGCCAUGCCACCCUAUGGGACCCUUACAGCCCUCCUCCUCCUGCCACCUCUGCUGCUGCUGCACGCUGUUCUGGCCGUGCCCCUGGACCGGGGGGCGUCCAAGGAGGAGAAUCCCGCGACCGAGAGCCCCGACACAGGCCUGUACUACCACCGGUACCUCCAGGAGGUCAUCAACGUGCUGGAGACGGACGGGCACUUCCGGGAAAAGCUGCAGGCCGCCAAUGCCGAGGACAUCAAGAGCGGGAAGCUGAGCCGGGAGCUGGACUUCGUCAGCCACCAUGUCCGCACCAAACUGGACGAGCUCAAGCGGCAGGAAGUGUCCAGGCUGCGGAUGCUGCUCAAGGCCAAGAUGGACGCAGAGCAGGAGCCCAAUGUGCAGUUGGAUCACCUGAACCUCCUAAAGCAGUUUGAACACCUGGACCCACAAAAUCAGCACACAUUCGAGGCCCGGGACCUGGAGCUGCUGAUCCAGACGGCCACCCGGGACCUUGCCCAGUACGACGCUGCCCAUCAUGAAGAGUUCAAACGCUACGAGAUGCUCAAGGAACAUGAGAGACGGCGUUAUCUGGAGUCUCUAGGAGAGGAGCAGCGCAAGGAGGCAGAGAAGAAGCUGGAAGAGCAACAGCGCCGGCACCGAGAACACCCCAAAGUUAAUGUGCCUGGCAGCCAAGCCCAGUUGAAGGAGGUGUGGGAGGAACUGGAUGGAUUGGAUCCCAACAGGUUUAACCCCAAGACCUUCUUCAUACUGCAUGACAUCAACAGCGAUGGUGUCCUAGAUGAGCAGGAGCUGGAGGCCCUCUUCACCAAGGAGCUGGAGAAGGUGUAUGACCCGAAGAAUGAGGAAGACGACAUGCGGGAGAUGGAGGAGGAGCGGCUGCGCAUGCGCGAGCACGUGAUGAAGAAUGUGGACACCAACCAGGACCGCCUUGUGACGCUGGAUGAGUUCCUCGCAUCCACGCAGAGGAAGGAGUUCGGGGACACUGGGGAGGGCUGGGAGACAGUGGAGAUGCACCCUGCCUACACGGAGGAUGAGCUCAGGCGUUUUGAGGAAGAGCUGGCUGCCCGGGAAGCAGAGCUCAAUGCCAAAGCCCAGCGCCUCAGCCAGGAGACUGAGGCUCUGGGGCGCUCCCAGGGCCGCCUGGAGGCCCAGAAGAGAGAGCUGCAGCAGGCCGUUCUGCAAAUGGAACAGAGGAAACAGCAGCAGCAAGGCCACAAGGACCCAGCCACUGGCCCCGAGGGACAGCUCAAGUUCCACCCGGACACAGAUGACGCACCUGUCCCAGCUCCGGCUGGUGACCAGAAGGACGUGGAUGCUUCAGAAAAGAAAGUUCCUGAACAGACCCCAGAGCUGCCCCAGCUGGAUUCACAGCACCUGUGAUCCAUCUGGGACCCCAGAACUCUGUGUUCCUUCCAAGGCUGAUGGGUUCGAGGUGUCACAAUCAACCUCCUCUGGGGGCUUGGCAACACGUGUGGCCUCCUGGGGGAGGGGGAACAGGAUGGCUUUUCCAGGCAUCAUCUCUGCUGCCUCUGCUUCUGCAGCCUUCCAGUCUGUGGUCCCUUCAUUUUCUGUCCCCCACCAAGGGACCCACCCUCUCACAUCCAGUCGAGCGCUCAUUGGCUCAGUCGAACUUAGGGAAGCGCCCCCCACCCAAGAGGCUCUGCUCCACACCUGCCUUUCUCCGUGGUUUGGCCUCACCGCCCAGGUUGUCGCCACCAUAGCAUCCCGUGUCCUCACAGCUGCUGGAGUCCUGCCGGCUGCUCACUUCUCUUGGUUUACAGGGCUUGGGUGGUCCCUCAUGAUGUUUCUCAACCUUUUGUGGGACCAGCAACGUCUCAAAGACAGCAUCUUCCCCCAGGCUGGGUGUGAGGACCAGAAGAGCCCUUAGCAGCGCUGCCCAGCUCUGAUCCCAGGAGCGCCAGCUCUCCCUGACCCUGCCUUCCAGCCACCUCUGCCUCCUCCAUGACGACUUGACCCCUAGCCCUUUCCCCCACAGCCCCAGAGGGGGCCCGGAGCUGACCUCACCCCAGGAUGGCUUCCAGCCCCUCAGCCUCAUGUGGGAGACCCUGCCUACCUUUCCGGCCUUACCUCAUGUGACUUCCUGUCUUGCUCUGUACUCUGGUUCCAUCCAAAUACACUUUCUGGAACAAA